AUGAGAGCCGUUCUAUUCUCGCUGAGCGCCUCCGCGCUCUACGCGAUUUUCUAUUUCUCCUACGCCAAUGGCCUGCAUGAGCUAGGGCACAAAGCCGUGGCUUCCGGGAAGCUGCCUGGAGUCAAUGCACCUCUCCGUACCGUCUAUACCGGGUUUGAGCCCGUCGAUCGCCUCCUUGCGUUACUGACGACGUUCUUCUACCCGGCACUGGACGGCCAGAACGCCACGCUGCUUCUGCACAGCAUUGGCUUCUCGGGCACCUUCGGCGCAGCAUGGAUGCUGAUUGUGCUCGAGUCCUGGCGCAAGGGCAAUUCGGGCACUGUCGCCGCUUACCCCGCUAUCUUCGGUCUCGCAGCGCAGGUGUUCACCUUUGCGUUCGCGACGCCUCUGCUGUGUGCCCUCCAGCUGGGCUGCUCGGUGACCGCUUCUCGCCCCCACGCUGAGAACAUUCGCGUGCCCCGCGCGGUUCUCGCGGCACUGCCCGCUGUCUUCGUUGUCGGCUUUAUGGUCCCCACUCAAUUCAUGGUCUUGCCCGCCCCGGCCGUGCUCACCGUGGAUCUAAAGCAGAUCGCAAUUGCCCUCUGGCAGCCGUGGCCCGCGUAUGUCUCGAUCUUGACGACGGCGGCGUACUACCUGCUGUCCCCGUUCUACUCGAACAAUAAGCGGGCUGCGAAGUCUGCUUUGCGGUGGGUGUAUGCGUUUGCGUUCGGCCAUGCAGCCCUCGCUCACCUAGUGACGUGGAUUGUCUCUCUGACUACCAUUGUGGCGCCUGCUUUGUUUGACGCUCGCUUCGUUGAUGCGCUCCAUCCGUCCAAGGUCUUUUCUGUCCCGCUCCCGUGGUCGGGGCUGAAGAUUGACACCGUUUCUGAUGGUGUGCAUGUCUUUUUGCGUUGGGACUAUAUGAUCGGUUCGGCUGGUGUUUUGAUUUGGGCUAUCAGCCUUUAUACGGUUGCUCAUAAGCAGAUUCUGAGCACCGUGGCGUGGCCGAGCCUUCUGCUCAAGAUUGUUUUGCUGGCGGUCGUCGCUGGUCCUACUGGCGCCGCUGUUGAGCUGAUCUGGGAGCGGGACGAGCUGGUCUUCAAUGAGACCGGUGGUAAUAAACAGCAGGUCACGAAGGGCAAGAAGUCUUCUUGA